CAGGCGCUUCCGGGACGGGCGGAGGCUGCUCCCGCCCGCGGCGCGGCCCCCCCCGGCCCCAUGCGGCGGUGGGUGCUGCCCGGGCGGGUGCGGGGCGGGCUGUGGCCGGGCACCCCCCUGCGCCGGGCACUGGCGGUGCCCCCCUCCAGACCAUGCCAGCCAGUGCCACCACUGGGGCAGACGCUGGGCCGGUACCUGCGGGCACUGGAGGGGCUGCUGGAGCCCUCUGAGCUGGAGGAGACGCGGGCACUUGUGGCUGACUUUGAGGCCCCCGGGGCCGAGGGGCCGCGACUGCAGGCCCAGCUGGAGCGCCGCGCCGCCCGCACCAGCAAUUGGCUGUCAGAGUGGUGGGUGCAGAGCUCCUUCUUGGAAGCCCGCUUGCCCCUGCCUGUGCACUCGAACCCGGCACUUGUCCUGCCCAAACAGGACUAUGGCGACUGGCACGGGCAGCUCAGGUUUGCAGCCAAGCUCAUCGCCGGGGUCCUGGAUUUCAAGGCCAAGAUUGACCAUGGUGCGCUGCUGGCGGAGUACCAGGGCGGGCACCCACUGUGCAUGGCGCAAUACGGGCGUGUCUUCGGUGCCUGCCGUGUGCCGGGGCCCAAGCACGACGGGCUGCUCCUGCCCCCCCCGGGGCGCCGGCCCCCAACCCACGUCACCGUCGUGCGCAACUUCCAGUUCUUUGAGGUGGAGGUGUACAACAGCGACGGGACGCCACUGACUGUGGACCAGCUGCACGUGCAGCUCCAGCGCGUCCGGGCGCAGUCCUGGAAGACAGACAAGGAGCCACUGGGGCUGCUGACCAGCGACCACCGCCACACGUGGGGCCUGGCCUACACCACCCUCAUGCGAGACCGGCUGAACCGGGAGUCGGUGCAGUGCAUCCAGCGCAGCCUCUUCACUGUGUGCCUGGACGCGUCCGUGCUGAAGGUGUCGGACGAGCGGUUCCCGGCCCGCGUGGCUGCCCAGAUGCUCCAUGGUGGCGGCAGCUGGUCCAACAGUGGCAACCGCUGGUUUGACAAGGCCCUGCAGUUCAUUGUGGGAGAGGAUGGUGUAUGCGGCGUGGUGUACGAACAGGCUGUGGUGGAUGCACAGCCAGUCGCCACCAUUGUUGACCAUGCCCUCGAGUACUGCAAGAACCCCGACACGCUCCGUGCUCCCAUGACACUCCUGCCCCUCCCCCGCAAGCUCUACUUCUACAUCACCCCCGAGAUCAAGCACGACAUCGAGAGGGCCAAGUGUAACCUCGACAUCCUGAUCACAGACCUGGACAUCAGCUGCUUCAUGUUUGAGGGCUUCGGCCGGGACUUGCUGAAGGCACAGGGGCUGCGCCCUGACUCUGUGAUGCAGGUGGCACUGCAGCUGGCCUAUUACAGUGCGCAUGGCUCACUCUGCACCACCGGCGAGACGGCUUCGCUUCGCCGCUUCCACCUGGGCCGCAUGGACUUGGUCAGGCCGCCGGCCGCCCCCUGCCUGGCGCUGGCCCUCGCCCUUGACGCACCCCACAGCUCGGACGAGAACCUCCUGGCUUUGCUCCGGGAGGCUGUGCAGAGCCAGAGUGACCGCACUGACCAGGUGCUGGCAGGGCAGGGCGUGGACGGGCACCUGCUGGGACUGCGGUUGGCGGCUAUUGCAGACGGGCAGCGCUUGCCUGAGCUCUUCUUGGACCCGGCGUUUGCCCUGGCCACACACUGGCGCCUGCUGACCGGACAGGUGCGGUCGCGGGCAGCGGAGCUGCUGGUGCGGGGCCCGGCGGUGCCCGAUGGCUAUGCUGUCUGCUACGACCUUCGUGGAGGCCGCGUGCGUGGGUCCAUCACUGCCGCCGCCUGCUGUCGCCACACAGCUGCACUGCUCCUGCACCGCACCCUGCAGGCCACGCUUGCCCGCCUGGCCCGUCUCCUUGGCCUGCCUGGGCCCCCCCCACCGGCCCCUGACUCUUGAAUCCCCGUGCUUCACGGGCCCGGCUGGCGGGACCAGACCCCCAGAGACUUCUUCUGGGACCCCCAAGAUCUCCCACACUCCACAGGCCUGGCUGGGGGGGGGGUGGACCCCCCCAUGGCCUCCCUGACACCCCCACACACUCCAUGGGCCUAGCAGGGGCUGCCCCUCAGCUGCCUUAUGUCCUUCCGGGCCUUGCAGGGGGUGCCCCAACCUCCUGAAACCCUCCAGCCCCUCCCCCGUCCCCAGGCCCAGCAGGGGGUGUCCUUACAGCCCUGAGGACCCCCCCCCUCCCUGCAGCCCCCCACACAUGCCAAGGCCAAGCAGGGGGUGCUCACCCACCUCCAAGGAGACCCCCAGGUGGGACAGGGGGCACCAAGACUCCCCCACACUCCCAAACUCCUCUGGUGGGGUCCUGCCCCCUCCUCCCCACCAGCUCUGGUGCUAUGUUAGUGUCAAUGGUCCAAUAAAUAGACCCUGGAUUUGCAA